GUAGAAUUUGAAUUUUUGAAUCGUGCGGUCACAUUGUUAAAAUCCAAGUCUAUUCGAACGUAAAAUAAGAUUGUCUGAUCAAAUUACAGGAUCAAUUUUCAUUAAUGAUCAUAAUUGUGGCUAUUUGAAGAAAUAAAAAAAAAUUAAGUGAAUGGAAUAGUGUCUUGUAUCCGAUGAUUGUUCAUUUCCUGACUGUAUCGGAAAUUAUUUACGAAAAUUAAAUUUCAUUCCGAAUAAAAAUCAACAUUUUAUCAUCUGAGGAUAUUUUACAUUUAAAUUGGAUUUUUAUUUUGUGAAUAAUAUUCAAAACAGAAAAUAAAAGUUUGGCGAAAUUUAACAAUUUAAAUUUGUCGUCAAAUGUGAAAAUCUUCGCUGACACACAUAAAAUACUCAAGUGCUUAAGUAAAUAAUGGUCGUUUCUGUUAUGUAUUAAUGUGCUAUUCUCCCAGUGACAUCUUCUUAAUUUAAGAAAUUUGGAGUAAACGAAAAUGCGGAUAUCAUUUCUUGUACUCCCAUCGCUAAUACUAGCAGUAUCAGCAGCCACCACAUCAUCCCCAAAAACAGAAAAUGCAACAAAAACAGCGAAAAAAGAAACUCGAGAUAAACGAACUGUUGAUCAGUUCGGCCGAAGUCUGAAUUCACACUUUAGUAAUAAUUUUAAUUUUAACUAUGGCUCGCCAUCAAUAUCGAAACGAAUAUCGAACGCCCCCAAAUACGACAAUUCAUUUUAUUCCACCAAUUCAUUUGCAUCACCACAAUUCGCCCAAAGCGAUUUCAACUACAAUGGAUUGGUCAAGGAUUUCGAUUCGCACGGUUCGAAUUUCAUUCAUGAACCACCACACUAUGCACCGCAGUAUCUUGAAGCACCGGAACCAAUUAUCGAAAUUAUAAUUAAGGAAAGCAACGAGUCGCUUCCGAUCACUCCACAACCGUAUGUGCAACAAAAGAAGCCGAAGGAGCAAGUUCAAGUGUUUUACGUUAAAUAUAAGAAGGACGAUCAAAAGGGCGGACAGCUGGUUAUUGAUGACCCUAUUCCUGCAUUAUCUCCCGAAGCAUAUCAUCAGGAACAUGAAAGUAACGACGAGGUAGAUGAUGUUUCGUAUCCAGUAACACAACCACCUCCUCUGAAAACUACAACUCUUCGAACAAUCAUCCAUCCCGAUUCGGAAAAGUUCCAUAGCAACAGUGGCAUAUAUGUCACAUUUAAUUCGGAAAGUAAACACAAUCAAGCGGAUCACAGCUAUCAAGAACACUUCGAAGAGAGCUCCAUUCAACAAGUUGUGGCCAAUUCGGAUCAGCAGCAAUACCAUCAGCAAUACUUCAAUCCCAAUACACAUAUCCAGCAAAAACAAUUGAAAACAGCGAACCCAAACCCGAACAACUACAAUGAAAAUGCAGGGCCGAAUAAUUACAACAACGAGAAUCACACACCAUAUCAUUUAAGCUAUCAACAGCUUCCUCACCAACAUGGACCCACUCAGGCUUUCCGUGAAAAUCACGAUCAUUUUUAUCGCAGACCACCACCACCACAUCAGCCACCAUCACAACCAGCGUAUCAACCACAGCCACAACAAUCACAUCCUCCCCAUCCUCCCCAUCCACAAUUUCAACAAGAGUUUUCGAAGCCCAGCCACUCAUUCGAUAAGCAACAAUUUACGGAGGGCCAAACAUAUCGAUUCCAGUCACACCCGAAUCAGCAUCAGACGCAAUUUAAAAAGCCGUCACGACCUAAACCCAUUCCAAUUCCGCUACACAACGAAGAACAACAGUCAUACACUCAGCUAACACGUCCGUCUCAACAACAAACACACCAGCAAUACGCUCAGCAAGAACAAUUUUCACAAAAUCGUCCACCAGUUAACGCUCCAUCGCACAACAGUCCUCCACCACAAUUCCAGCAACCGUUCAAUCACUUCCAAGAGUAUAAUCGAAAUACGAAUCGAUUCUAUCAGCAGAAUGUUCAGAGCGGAAGUUCAGCUCAACAACAAAAUCCACCCAACUUCAAUGUAAACACAGAGGAUCAUCGACCAUUUUUACCAAGUUCCAAUUUUAAUGUUGAAAGUCAGAGACCCAGCAUACCAACCCAAAUUUUUAAUUCAGAUGUUAGACAAAACUAUCGUCAACCAGAAAUAGUUACAGGAGCUGAACUAGUCCAAUCACUGCCAAAAUAUGAACAGCAUAUCACUGAGACAAUACCAGCCACUCCAAACAAUCAGAUUUAUCGCCCGUUAGUACAAAGUCAUCCACAGCAAACACCGUCCGAAUAUAGACAUACAACAGCAUCUGAACAGCAGUUUGUGCAAACGAACAACUCUAAUCAGAUGCAAAUUGUUCUGCCAGUUAACUAUCAGCCGAAUCCUUACAGUGUAGAUCCAUACAAAUUACCUGAGUAUAUCACCCAGCCACGAGACAAUCAGCAGAGCCAACAGAGAUUACCCGAAUCGAAACCGCAGUAUUCGCCCCUUGCUGUGCCAAUAAAACAGAAUUUAAAACCAGGCCAAAGUGUGUCAACACUUGCAGAUGAAGUUUUUUCUAGUCUAACUUCGGCACACCAGAGUAACUUUCAACAAAAUGGAAAUAACCAACAAAUAACUGGAAGGAAUAAAGUUUCCGUUCAAAAAACUGUCUCGGUAACACAAAGGCCAUCGGAGACCACAUACGAAGCUAAAACUACUACAACGACUACCGAACGUCCCCCAUCAAGACCAUCAACCACUUCUAAGUCAAGUAAAAAGGCCCAAUUAGAGCUGCCUGACGAAGUACCUGACGAUCUGCGGCAAUCGCUCAUCUCGUCCGGUAUACUUGACAACGCCGACAUUAGCAUUCUCGAUUACGAUAAAAUUGGAGAUGUACCGAUCGAAUCUCUCCCUCCAGAGCAUUUAGCCAAUUUUUACGGUGCAGGAGGCGCCUCGCAAAUAUCCAGUUCGAACAAAGUCGUCACUGUAGUGAAACCGAAUGGUGAACAAGUGCAUGAAAAGGAAUACAAAGCGAAACCGGAUACUGAGCAAAAAAUUUCGGCUAGACUACCUAAUGUUGACCUGAAAGUAGUUCGAUUCGAUUCAAAUAAUCAACGAGCUGUUACUGACAAGUACAUCAAACUUAAUUCUACAGUUCUACCCUCCGUUGAUAUCGCCGACCAGCAGUACAAUCGUUAUCUGCCCCUAAAGGUGAAUGGAGCUCAAUUUCCCAUACCGAACGUCGAAGAGCUGAUAGGAAAAACGAUUUCAAGUGUAGUUGUUCUGGCGCCGGUCGAUACAAAUCUACAAAACAUUGAUGAAGGUCUUGAGGGACGAUUUGAACGAGAUGUUUUGGACUCGAAACAAAUUAAAUUUGUUGCUGGUGAUUCACUGAAACAGCUGAUUAAGAAACCCACAAAGGAAAACUUUAAGAAAUGGUUAGACAAAGAAUCGAAGACAGAUGUUGAUUUGCAGAGUGUAGUGCUGUUGGUGACACAGGACAACAAUGACAAUGCUAAAGAAAUCUACAUGUACGACAUCGGAUUGCAAAGAGUGAACAAGUUAAGUGGUGAAUUGUCGAGUGCCUUUGUUGAUGUUGCAGAAGAAAAUGCCAGCGCACAAGAUAUGGACAAUGUGUCACUAUCGGAUAGUGGCAUCAUCGAACAAAUGUCAACCAAAAUUAGUCGAAGUGACGAAAACAGUGGAGCCGAGAAUUUCGACGAUGAAAGCGAUCAUGAAUCACAACAAGCUUCCGAAAUCGUUUCCACUUACAUAAAACCGACCGCUGAAGAAAAGGAAAACGUUAACCAAAUUGUUAUUAAUUCUGGAUACAGUGUCAUUACCCAUUAAGUAAGAUAAUUUAUAUGUUUGAACUGAAUAAAGAAGAGGAAAAAAUUAUUC